GCUGAAGGAGAAAGACAUGGGAGAGCCCGGCGUGAACUGAACAACACUGUCGUGGGGCUGAACGCACCCAACCCAAGAGCCCAGGACACAGAGGAACAACGCGUUAUAUACACACAAACUGCCAAAUUCAGAAACGGGAGAAAAUGUGAAGGAUCUGCAUUUGUCACAGUGUCGGCGCGGGCAACAGGCAACCGAGAAAGAUGGCGAGGACGCACGCUCGCAUGUUCCUCGCCUUGGCGUUGCUGGGAAUUUUCCUCCUCGAGGUCUCGGUGAAAGGAGAGCAACAGGCGGCGGAGGAGGAGGAGGAGGAGGAGGAGAUGUCCUGUCAGGGCGCCUUCGACCUCUAUUUUGUCCUGGACAAAUCUGGAAGUGUGAAGAAUCACUGGAUAGAGAUUUACUCCUUUGUGAAGCAGUUGGCAGAGAAGUUUAUCAGCCCCAUGCUGAGAAUGUCCUUCAUAGUCUUCUCCACACGAGGGAGCAUCAUCAUGAAACUGACUGAGAACAGGGAGGAGAUUACUGGAGGCCUAAUGGCUCUGAGAAAGGUUAUCCCCGGAGGAGACACAUUUAUGAACUUGGGCCUGGAAAUGGCCAAUGCACAGAUACAUCAAGAGAAGUAUGGGACCGCCAGUGUUAUCAUCGCCCUGACUGAUGGAGAGCUGAAUGAGUGGCAGUUCGACACGGCUCAGCGAGAGGCACAGAGGGCCAGGGCUAUGGGAGCAAUAGUUUACUGUGUGGGGGUCAAAGAAUUCAACCAGACCCAGCUCGCAACUAUUGCAGACACAGUGGAACAUGUGUUUCCUGUGUGGGGAGGCUUCCAAGCUCUCAGGGGAAUCAUUGACUCGAUCAUCAAGAAGUCCUGCAUUGAGAUUCUAGCUGCGGAGCCGUCCAGUGUGUGUGCAGGAGACAGUUUCCAGGUGGUGGUGAGAGGCAACGGGUUUCUCCACGCCAGAAACAUCGAUCAGGUCCUCUGCAGCUUCAAGCUGAACGAAACACACUCUGUGGAUGAGAGACCAGCGGGGAUAGAGAACACCUUCCUGCUCUGUCCUGCUCCUGUUGUAGAGGAGGUUGGGAGGGUGAUCUACCUGCAGGUGAGCAUGAAUGAGGGCCUCUCCUACAUCACCAGCUCUGUGCACAUCACCACCACCGAAUGUUUUGACGGCACCAUCGUGCUGAUAUCGCUGCUGGUGGUGUUCCUGCUGUUGGGUGUGCUGCUGAUGUGGUGGCUCUGGCCUCUCUGCUGCACUGUGGUCAUCAAAGAACCACCACCACCCCCACCUCCAGAGCCAGAGUCCGACGAUGAGGAUGGGAUGCCAAAGAAGAGGUGGCCCACGGUGGACGCAUCUUACUAUGGCGGAAGAGGAGUGGGCGGCAUCAAACGCAUGGAGGUGCGAUGGGGGGAGAGGGGCUCCACCGAGGAAGGUGCUAAGCUGGACAAGCCUAAAAAUGCGGUUGUGAAGAUGCCCGAGCAGGAAUUUGAACCGUAUGAGCCCAAACCUCGGAAACCGCCGCGCCGCGCCCCGCAGCAGAGGAGGUGGUACACACCCAUUCAGGGGAAGCUAGACGCGCUGUGGGCUCUGUUCAGGAGAGGUUACGACCAGGUCUCUCUGAUGAGACCGCAGCCGGGAGACCAGGGUCGCUGUAUUCGUUUCCAACGGGUCAAAGACGGAGAGUACCCCCCAAACGACCAGGCUCCUCCUCGCACGCAUCGCUCUCCCUCACCGGCUCCUCCUCCUCCUCCUUCUCCUCCUCCUGCGCCCGCCGAACAGCGACCUCUGGUCUCUAAUUCUGUUCCCCGCACAAAGCCUCCAUCAAGAGGGCCCCGCACCACGCCGCCAUCCCGCGCACCCCCUUCCGUGGUCCAGUCCCCUCCGGGUCCACCCCCGAAUCGUGCACCCCCGGGGCCUCCAGGACCCCCACCAUGUCGACCCCCACCCAGGCUCUGAUGAUAAAGAGUGGCCCCUCCAAUAAACAACUGAUGCAUCAACUCAUUCCGUUAAAAAAUAAACAACAACACAUGCUUCUCUCAGAGAGGCACACAAUCUUAAAAGCCAGGAGCUCGUACCUGCAGCCCUGUGCUCUGUUGCUGGACAGCAAAAAUAUUUAUCCAAUAACAAAAUCAGCUCCCGAGUUUGAUCAAGGUAACAUUUUUUACUAAAUAAAAACUCAAACAUUAUAGAAUAAAAGCUUGUACUUAAUUUGUCGAGCCUGUAUGUACAGUGAGGUGAGUAGAGGUCACGUUGACUUUAGUGGUGAGAGUAAGUGCAGGUCCUUUCUGGAGAUUCAGCCGAAAGGAUGUAUGUUGUUGAAUGUCAGCUUGAGAAAGUCCUGAAUGAAUCGAUGGUGAUGAUAAAUGCACCUGUUUCCUGUGGGUUUUUUUCCCCUCAGAGAAUAUUAAUGUCGAGCGAGGACGUGGUGAGAAAUACAGCAUGUAGGUCAAGACCAUUGUUGGCGGUGUUGCCUUGUUUUUCUUAAACGUACGCUAUUGUAGGAUGUUACAAUUCACACUUCUGCAUCAUUUUUUACCUUUUCAACCAAAGAAACGUUUUCUACAUCCAAGUUAAAAAAAAUGGCGUUAACGUUUCAGUGAUCUUAUUGCAACUGCAGGGCAGUUUCGCCAUAUUUUAUUUAUUUUAAUACAGGCCCCUGUCUGCAUCUGUUUUCUGUUUAGUAUCAGGUGGAUUUGUGGGUCUUCUCAUCUUUCAGGGGGGGUAUCUAGGUGGAUAUUAGGAGUUGCAUUGCAUCUCUGGUCUUAUGAAUACUUUCAAGUGAAAGGCUGCAUCUUCCGGUUUCUCAUGUAUCCUUCAUUUACCGACUGAAAUGAUAAUUUGCAUUAUUUCUUUAUUAACAACUUUUUUCAAUGAAUAAAAUGUCUUUUAUUUGAACCUGC